AUGUCUUCGUCGUCUACAUUCUCUCCGUUCUCUGCAACCACGCCAAAGGACGGCGCACCUAUUGUCGGUAUCACCUCGAGUGGUGGUGGCGGAGGAGGAGGCUCUGGCGAUUGGACUCGACGUGCAAAUGGUAAUUCGACCACUUCUAGCACUCACCGUCGCCCUUCACUUUCUACCACCCUCACCCACCCCCCUACGUCACAGCACUCGCAGCCACCUUUAACCCCUUCGGGCUCGAACGUUUAUCAUCCACCCCAUCACUACAACAGAGGUGGCGUGGGGGGUUCUAUCAACACUACUUACAGCAAAGACGAUUUGCUGGGAAUCUUCAGGCAGCAGGAGCAGAACGGAAACUCUCUGAGGGAUGUAAAGGAUCUAGUCUUGGGAGAUACGAGUUCCGGGAAUAGUGCUGGCUGGGGAAGGAGUGGUGACGAAGGUGGCGCGGACGUUUGUUGGGACAAAGAUGGUGGACUAAAGCCCGUUAGUUUGGAAGAGUUCACUGAGGAGGAGCGAGAGUUGUUUUCCAAUAACGUUAACUCCCCUCAUAAAGUCCCUCCGAACCAAAAUAAUCAAGGGCCUACAAACCAUCAUACAGUUGUUACCAAUACACCGCCCCCUAAACGCUCUAAUAGCGGUGCUCUUCCUGGCAACAUCACCACCCCUGGCGUUAACCGUCCGCAAAACCGUCGUCGUGAAACAUCGGAUGCCGCGCUAACAGGUUCACCAUUUACUUUGACCCCACCUCAGGUUCCUCGGCGUAGGACCGAGCUGCGUGAGGCGGAGGAUAGCGGAGGUAGGGGCACUUUGUUUGGCCGUUGGGGUAGCGUUGCCGGCACCUCCGGAGAAGAUGACCAUGCGAAGGACAAAGGUACAGAAGAAGGAUCUUCCACUGCUGGAGGUGCCAGAAGUGCCGGACUAAUCAGGAAGGGAAGUGGCGCUUGGCCGAGUGGAGCGGCUGGCUCCAGCGGUUUCGCCAGCAGUGGUGCCCUGAACAGCCCGAUGGGUAGUUUCGGUAAUGGUACUUUUGGCGGUACAAUGGGCGGGUUUUCCUUGCAGAGCACUACAAAUACCGCGGACAAAGCCAAAGCCGGGGGAGGAGCCAGUGGCACAAGGGGCUCUACGGCGCCGCCCAAGGUUGAGGACGUCGAGGAGGAAGAUGACGACGUAAAUCGAGUAGUUUCGCACGCCGUCGACCAUCACCGUGAUGAGGAGGAGAGGGAGAGGCCGAUGAGUUCCGACACGGAUCCUUUUGGAGACAGGGAUCAGGACGAUCAUGGAACUGGCCAGGGACGUCACUCUCCUCACUCUUCGAUGGAUGAUCCUCACCGCAUCAAAAACUCAGCAUCUUUUGGUAAUAUGGCAUCUGCAUCUGUGAACACGCCGAGAGGCGGGAAUAACAUUGCUACGCCUACAAAAAUCAGAAGUGAUCUUGGCUUUUCUGGCCUUGGGGGUAGCCGUGAGGGCUUAACUCUGGGCGGCAUGGGCCAAGGAAGUCUUCAUCAACAGUUGCAAAACUUGCAGUUGAACCAGCAUGGCAACUAUCCUCUUCACGGUAGAUCUCGGCAAGGAAGUAUAGGCGGUAUGGUCGGUGGGCUCAAUGAGAAUGAGCCUUUGAGUCCAACCGAAACAAACCCUUACCAAAGCCCGGCGCCGGAAAAGGCUGAUGACGACGACAUCAAUGAUAUACACGGCGACGGUGGUCACGGAAGUGGCAUCAUUGGUGGUGGGUUCAAACGUGAUGUUGGAGCCCCCGGUAGCGAUAGGAGUGGCAGGAGUUCCACUGCAGGCUUGGGCGCUGUAGGAGGACUAAGUGGUUUUGGGUCCAUAAGCGGGAGUGGGUUAUGGGGAGGGCAGGUUGGGACUCCCGGAGGCUUGGGAACCUCUGCCGCCCCAAGCACAUUUUUCGGCUCUGGGUUGGGUGAUUUGGCUAGCCCUGGCGGCACUCUUCUGUCAGGCAGUGGUAUGGGAGGCAUGGGCAGUAUCGGUGGUGGAGGGCCGUUCGGCUCAGCUAGCCGUAGUAGACUUGCCCAGAUGUUCUCCCCAGAGCAACAGCAACAAAUGGAAGACGAGAAUGGAGGAUUUGAAUCAAACGACGGGUUUGGCGACUUGAGAUUUGGAGGAUUUGGGAGUAGAAGAGGGUUUGGCAAUAUUGAUAGCCCAAUGAGAGAUAGAGGCGACGUGUCAGAUCUAUUCUCGGGAUUGCACACCACAAGGAGCCUUGGAAAUAUCGGCGCACAAGCAUCUGGGGAUACUAUGUUUUCUAGGGAACGCGAAGAUUCUUUUACCCUCGGAAGUCUACAGAUGCAAAAUCAAUCAAACCCAAUGCAGCCCACGAUGUCACACCAGGCACAACCAAUCAGACCGCCUCCGGGGACUGUGCCGCCGCAAACGCAGACGGUGUUGGUCAUGCCAGACAAGAUACAGUGGACAUACCGUGACCCAUCUGGGACCAUACAAGGGCCAUUCUCGGGACUGGAAAUGCAUGAUUGGUACAAAGCCGGGUUUUUUACCCAGGAGCUCGCAGUGAAAAGGAUCGAGGAUCAUGAUUUUGAACCACUCGGGCAACUGGUACGUAGGAUCGGAAACACAAGAGAGCCUUUCCUAGUUCCUUUGCAGGCACCUCCGGGUUCGACUGCACCCGCCGCAGCACCUGCAGCUCCAGUGCCUAACGCUUGGUCGGGUUGGCCUCUGGAUGCUCAACAACCUGGCACUGUUCAGCCACCAUUCGCCGGAAGUUUCCCAAGCUUUGGAACCACACUCACCGCCGAUCAACAAAAUGCUCUGGAGAGAAGGAAGCAGGAAGAGCAAUACCUUUUGGCAAGACAGAGGGAGUUUCUUGUUCAGCAGCAGAUCUUCGCCAAAAACCAGGUGUUGCACCACCAACAUUCGCAGCAGAGUCUCCAUUCACAGCCUAGUUAUGGAAGUUUGCAGGGGAGCUUGCAGAGCCCCGGUGGCUUUGCUACCCCAACCGCCAGUGCACCCAGUGUCGGGCCGCAAAAUGCAUUUGAACCGGGUGUAUUACUGCGUCAGGCCGGUGCUGCUGCUGGAGGCGGGGGGGAUACAUUCGGCGUUGGGCAUGGACUGCAGGGAAUACCUGGACAACAAAUGCAGCCAGGCAAUCAAUUUUUGCAACAGCAACAGCAACAGAUUCACCCGCCAAACCAUCUUCAAUUGGAGCAACAGAAGCAACUUCUUGAUAUGCAACGUCAGACACAGAGAAUUUACCAAAAUCAGCAUCAACAAGUUGAGAAGCAGCAAGAAUUGGAACAUGCACAACAGCAACAAAUCAACGCUGCUGCUGCGCAGACGCAGCAACAAGCUCAGCAGGAUGUGGAAAAGGAGGAGGAUAAAAUUUCUCAAGAGCAGCAUGAGCAAGCCCAUGAGUCAAACGAGAGAUCGACCGAUGCUGCCUCAUCCAGUCCUGACGACCAUUGGGACCCUGAGUCAGAGCACAAGCCGUCACCCCAGGCUAAUGAGCAAUUGAAGAUGAGCAUCCCUAAGGGGUCAUCCGCCAAGGCUUCGCCAAUCCUAAAGCAAGCGCAACCUGCUCCCCCUGCGUCCGUUUGGCAGGAAAUCGAACAGCCUCUUGUUCAGCCUUUCCCCCCUCCACCGGGCUCUCACCAUGCUUCAGAAAUUGCAUCCUCGACACUCCCCAUGACCCGCAGUCCUUCGUCUGAAACACCGUAUACAAGUGUCUCCGUUGCACCUUGGGCAAAUAAGGAAAACGAGGUUAAGGGACCUUCUUUGAAAGAAAUCCAAGAGAUUGAGGCCAGGGCUCAACAAGCAAAAGACGCUGCUGAAGCCGAACACAAACGUCAGAUGAUGCUCCAACAGGUUAACACUCAACCACCGCCUCCUGCGCCUGGAUUGCCAUCCACGGCAACCUGGGCUACUUCUCCCUCCGGAACUCCGUCAAGCAGUCAGGCCUCAGCGUGGGCAAAGCCCUUGGUGAAAGCAAACACUUUGCCUACUGGGGGUGCUAAGAAAACUCUCCAGCAGAUUCAGAAGGAAGAGGAACUCCGUAAAGCGAAGGCCGCGGCUGCUGCCGCUGCUGCUGCACAAGCAACCCAGAACAUUGCCACUCAUCCCACUCCUGCUGGAGGUAAGCGAUACGCGGAUCUUGCUGGUAAGACUCAGCAGCUGCCACAGCUCAACACGGUUGGAGUCGUUGGAGGUGUAUGGACUACGGUUGGCCCCGGCGGCAAGUCUAAGAAUCUUGCCACCAGCCCCAUUCCAACAGCCCCCGCCCAGUCCUUGAAGACUGCGCCUAGCGCCCCUGCUCUAGGGCUUCCUGUCCCUACGACGGCCAAGAAGGUUUCGCCAACGUCGCCUGCAUCCAAGCCUCCUACAAUGAGCGCAAACGAGGAGUUUAUGAAGUGGUGUAAAGCAAGCAUCAAGGGAUUAAAUCAGGGUUUACAAGCCGACGAGCUCAUUCAAACUCUCUUGACCUUUCCUGCGGAGACUGAACUCAUUGCCGAAACCAUUUAUACCUGCACCACAACCAUGGACGGUCGUCGUUUUGCGGAAGAAUUCGUCCGUCGUAGAUCAGCUGCUAACAAAGGCAUUAUCAUUGAUGCUGGAACUGCUAAUGGUGGUGCAAGUGGCUGGAAUGAGGUCGCAAAGGGAAAGCCGCAGCCUGUUACCAGAGAGGUCAGUCCCGAGACAAAUGCAGCAUUCAAGGUUGUCCCUGGGAAGAAGAAGGGAAGGAGGUAA